AUGGCCAUGGCCUUCCUCUCCCAUCUGGAUCUUCAGGAAAGCCUCCAAACACUCUCUGUUUUGCAGUGGAUCUCAGUCUAUGUUUUUUUAGGAGCUAUUCCUAUUCUUCUUAUACCCUACUUUCUGGUGUUCACUAAGUUCGGGAAGCUGUCUGUGCUCGCCUUAGCCUGGUUCACCUAUGAGAACACCCACAGUCAAGGUGGUAGGCGUUCAACUUGGGUACGAAACUGGACCCUCUGGAAGUAUUCAAAUUACUUCCCAGUAAAGCUGGUGAAGACUCAUGACCUCUGUCCCAAACACAACUAUAUCAUUGCCAGCCACUCCCAUGGCAUUCUCUCUUAUGGUGUCUUCAUCAUCUUUCCCACUGAGGCCACUGGCUUUGCUCGGAUUUUCCCAGCCAUCACUCCUUAUGCAGGGACCUUGGAAGGGAUCUUCUGGAUCCCAAUUGUGCGAGAUUAUGUGAUGUCAGUGGGUGUGUGUCCAGUGAGUGAGUUGGCCUUGAAGUAUUUGCUGACCAAGAAAGGCUCGGGCAAUGCUGUGGUUAUUGUGGAGGGUGGAGCUGCUGAAGCCCUCUUGUGCCACGCAGGAGCCUCUACCAUCCUCCUUAAACAGCAUAAAGGUUUUGUGAGGUUGGCACUGAAGACAGGGUGGGUCCCUAGGUUCUGGUGCCCUAUCAUCAGGGUGCCAUAG